GUUCAACUCCGGUUGGACGGAGGGACUACAAAUGAGUCUAUUUUAGACCCAUGACAUCGUCAUCCCUCGUCACUAUCACGCUGCCUUCCCUGCCUGACUGCGUUGUCCCUCUCUCUCUCUCUCCUCUUCCAUCAUGACGCCGACUUUGAAUUCCUUACGCUUCUCCGAUCAAAAUACGCAGGACUACAUCGAAACUCUGCUGGAAUCCGCCCGUCCGUUCCUGCGCGGCGAGCUUGCAUCUGUCGAUGAAAAACUGCCGCAUCUCGUAUCUGUUCUGCAGGCGGCCGGCGCCGGCGAGUGCUGGCACAAGCACGGUAGCUUCCUCGACCAUCUCCUAGAUGUCUAUCGGAUACUAAAGCUGUGGCAGGCGCCGGACGUCGUAUGCCUCUGCGGCCUCUUCCACUCCGCCUACUCCAACUCCUACGUUAACCUCGCUAUAUUCCCUCCCUCCGCCGACGGACGCGACGUCGUCAGAAAGCACGUUGGCGCGGAUGCCGAGGAUUUGAUCUACCUCUUCUGCGUCGUUCCUCGUCAUCCGUUAAUUCACGAUCUGCUCCUGAUUAAGUAUACGGACGACGAGCUUGUAGAGCACCUUCGGUUGUCGGAGGCUACUCUCAGUAAGAUGAGUAACGGAGAAGAUGAGAAAGAAGAGCAGCAGCAGUGGAGGAGGAAACUCCAGUCAAUUUGUCCGGCGGAGGGGAUAAAAGUGAAGCACAUCAAAACAGGGGAAGACGUGGUGAUUUCGAGAAGGAUCGUAGCUGUGUUCCUCCUCAUGACGAUGGCGGAUUUCAGCGAUCAGCUCUUCAACUUUCAGGACGAGGUCUUCGACAACUCCAACGGACGCCUAGAGUUUUCCGGUAACAAAACGCUUACAUCUCUCUGGCCGGGCGACGGAAAACCAGGUCUCUGGAUGAACUCCGUAUCACGAAUGGCUGCAAUAUACAUGCUAAUCGUCAGAGAAGAAGAGAUACUGAAAUCUACCGAAGAAAACCUUGGUGGCGGUGAAGAUCUGGAGCUGAUAAUCCCUCCGGUGCUGGACGGAUGCACGAAAGUGGUGGAUACCGAGGACCAGGUUGCGGCGAGGGAUCUGUACUGGGAGGCGGUGUGUAGUGCGGCGGAGAUAGGUUUGGAGAAGGCGGAGGAGAUGCUGCUGAGGAGCGCGGAGAAGAAUCCAUUUGUUGGGGAGGUUCAGGUGGUGUUGGGUCAAGUGUACUUGGGGAAAGGGGAUUUCACGGCGGCGGAGGCGGUGGCGGAGCGGGGACUCCGUCUGCUGCUAGAGUGGGGGAGUCCGUGGGAUAAGAGAAUGACGUGGCAGGGGUGGAUUGCGUGGGCGAGGGUGGUGCGGAUGAAGGCCAAGGAGAAAUCCUGGCCGCACGAUGGUUGGGGCCUUCUCAACUUGGGUCUUGUCAGGUAAAACAAAAACUAAAUGGCUAUCGUUUCCUUGCUGAAAUGCAAAUCAAGCUCACCCACAAUAAUAACUAGCGGUUAGCCCGUACGCACGGUAGCAUCAACAAUAAAAUUGUAAUAUUGUAUUCGUGUAAUAAGAAAAAUAUCAUUUAUGUUU